CUCGUCCGACGCUUCUCCGAUACCUCUCCUGGGUCUUCGAGAUCGUGCCUGGGAUGUGGUCCUCAAGUGCGAUGGGAGCAACCUGGCCCUCGCCCGCCGCCGAUCCUCCCCCGUGCGACCAGCUCUCUGCAGCCGCUCGCGCCGGCACCCCGUGCAUGCAGGCGCCUGGCCCCGCCCACAUGGCCAGCGGCCGUCCUCCCUGUGGCCGGCGUCGGGGGCCUCGCGGCCGGCGUGCCUGGCCCCGCCUCUUUGGGGCUUCGCUGUCUCGGUACGUAGAGGUUGAAAUUCCCGAGCUCAAGUCCAGGUUAAUCAAGGAGCGCGAGGAACGCGAGACGAUGGAGGAGCGCAUCCUGCGGCGGGCCUCCGACGAGAUGCAGAAGCUGCAGCAGGAUAUCGUGAACGAGGCGAAGGCGCGGAAGGACAUGGAGGAGUCCAUGUUCCGCAUGAUGGAGGAGACCGUCGUGAAGAUGCGCGACGAGAUCGCGCGCGAGCGGGGCGACCGGGAGCAGACGGAGGAGACCCUCCUCGGGCUGCUCGAGGACACGUGCGCCAAGCUCAACGCGGCGUCGCAGAUCAUGUGACCGCGGGCGGCGGCGGCCCGCCCCUGGGGGGCGCCCCGGGCGGGCCGCGGCGGGGCCGCGGCCGGCCCCGCGUCGUGCGCGCGGCCCGCCUGCCUCCCCCUUGUUCGCGUGCCGUGCCCGCUCUCCGACGCCCUCUCAGACAGCGGCCCUCUCGCUUUGGGUCUUCGCUCUGCUCGUCGUGCGCCUAAUUCGGCUCUGGGCGCCGCUCCCCGGCGGCGCGUGGCCCUCCUGGGGGAAGUUGGGCCCGGCAGCAGUCACUGACGUCAGCCACCGACGGAGCGGAGAA